AUGACUAUAAUGGUAAAUAAAGAACCAAAUAAACCAAGUCUAUCUGAGUCAUCUAUUCAGAUAAAACAAGAACUUAAAACUAUGAAUAACUCAACAAUAAUAAGUGGGUCGAAACCUAUCUCGGCUCCGGCAAUGAAAGAAACACCACCAACACUGGCUUUAAAAUCAACUCCUUUGACAACUCCUUUACCAGCUUCACAACCAAAUCUAAUGAAAACAACUUCAACUUCUAUAACUCCACAACCAUCAAAACCAAAAUCAAAUCAACCUUUACAACCACCAUGCAAACAAAUCAAAACUAAUCCAAAACUACUAUCUAAUCCUCAACAAAAUAAAACCAAAUCACUGACCCGUCCUGGGGUUCAACCGAUUGCUCCAAAAUACCAUAAAAUCCAACCAGCAAUUGCACCCAAACCAAUGCCAGCAUCUAUGUCGCAAACAUCUAAAUUUAAUCCUAUACCUACUGGGAAAUUAUCCUUACUGAUGAAUCAACUGUCAUUUGCCAGACCAAAUGACCCUAGUAGUUUAAAUACAUCAAGAAGAUGGGUAUUACCUCCAAGACCAAGACCAGGAAGGAAACCAACUCAUGAUUCUCAUGGGAAUAUUACUGUUGAUGAUAAGAAAAUGCAUAAAAAUGGUGCCACCACCACCAACACCACAACUACCACUGGAACUAAUAAUUCUGCUAUUAGUAAUGGAAAUAAUAAUAUACCCAUAACCACAAAUAUAACUGCUAAUACCAGUAAUGGGAUAAUUAAAAAGAAAACAAAAUGCAAAAAGGAUUCAUCAUUAGAGGCGAAAAUUGCAUUAAAUUCAAAUGCUGCUUUAUUGAAUCAAAUUAAAUCAUCGGGUAGUAAUACAACAGUCAUAUCACCAGAGGAAAUUAACUUAAAUUCAGGUAAAUCAGGUUCUUUAAAAUCAAUCACACCAAGCUCCAACAAAACACCUUCUACACUGUUACCAAUACCAUCAUCAUCACCAGCACUACCCAGGGAACCACAACAACAACAACAACAAGAAAAACCAGCAAUUACAUAUUCAAAAUCAAAGACUAAAGCAAGUUCAAGAAAGUCAAAAGCGGGAUCAAACAAAGGAACACCACUGAAAACACCAGAAGUACCAAUACCAAUACCAAUACCACCAAUUGAAGUUGAUCCAGAAAAAUAUUUAUCAAAUAUGCAAAUGUCAUAUUUAUCUAAAUUGAAAGAACAAGAAGUGAUUCGAAAUUAUAUUGAAGUAUUGACUAAUCAAAUAAAAGAAUUAAGUUUUGUUCAAAAUGGAGUGAUUACAUUUGAUGCCUUGAAAAGUAAUGUUAAAUAUAAUAAUAAGAAAAUAUUAUCUAGUACUACAACGUCAACAUCAACUGGGACUAAUAAUGGUAGUAAUGGUGGUACUUCUAGUUCAACUUCAACAUUAACUUCAAAUUCAAAAUCAAAGUAUGAUCAAUUAGAAGCUAUUAAUAAUUUGAAUGAUUUAAAUAAAUUUUUGAAUUAUUUAACUAAAUCAUCAAAUAUCAUUCAAAGUGUCAAGAAAAAUCCUAGUAUAUCAUCAGAAACUCUUAAUAAACAAGUUGAUCAUUAUGUUGAAAUAAGAAAAAAAUUUAAAGCUAUUAAAAGAAAUGAACAAAAUGGUAAAACUUUAAAUAAUUUAGGACUUCAACCUAUUCCACCACAAUAUUCUUUAUCAAUUCCUUCAAUGACUACAGGAGCAGCAACAACAACAACAACAACAACCAUGAACUCAAAUCCUACAACACCAAUACCACAAGCAAUGAAAAAUCAUGCCAUGUUUAAUAAUGAUAAACUUUCAGGAAUUUUAUCAGGAUCAACAUUUCAAGAUAUGGAUUUAGAUCCAACUACCAACAACAAUCAUAACCACAAUAAUUCUGGGGGUGAUGCAUUUAAUGAAUCUGGAAUGGGUCAAUUUGUUCCUGAUUUAUUAAAACCAAUUAAACCAGUCAAUUUAUUUUCAGAAUUUCAAGAUUUACAAUUACAAACCGAAACCAUUGAAGAAAGUUCUAGUCAAAUGUCUCAAUUAAGUGGUAUUGGUAUUGGUAUUGAUGGUGGUGAAGAUUAUGAUAUUGGUACAAAUUCCAAUAAUGGAAAUGGAAAUGGCAAUGACAGUGGUAGUAAUACCAAUACCAAUAGUAGUGGCAGUGGUAGUAAUUUUACCAUACCUAAUAGUUUAGAUGGUGAUGAUAUUGAAUUAUUUAUGGAUGAACAUGAUUUUUUAAAUCGAUUAGUUUUAGAUGAUCGACAAAAAAUGAUGAAUGAUGAAGAAGAAGUUUUUGGAAAAGUUCAAAUUCAUGGUAAUGAUAGUAAUGACAGUAAUGGCAAUGAUAAUAACAGUAACAAUAAUGAGUCCAAAAAUUUGAAUAAGGAUACUAAUAUUACUAAAGACAACAAUAACAACAACAAUAACAACAAUAAUAGUAGUAAUAGUAGUAAUAAGAAUAUGGAUCGACUCAAUAAUGACCUUUUAUUGAAAAAGAAAUUUAAAUUCAAUUGUGGGUUUUGUACUAAUGAUACUCCUUGUUUAUGUUUUGAUACCAUGUUUUUAGAAAGAUAA